GUCAUUCUCCUUCUGGCUGAACAGAGAGAGGAAAGCAGCCAAGAGACAAGUCAGUGGUUGACAGAUUGGGUGAGAAGAGAUCCACCAAUGGUCCUCCGAAUCCCUCUGCGUAGAAGUGCCAGCUACACCCCAGACCACCAGUCUGGGGUGGAGGCACCCACUUCUUCGCCAUUGAAAGUGGAAGCCAACGUGGUGGUCCUUGGAGCAGACAGCGUGGGAAAAUCAGCUUUGACAGUGCGCUUUCUCACUAGAAGGUUCAUCGGGGAAUAUGGAGACAUGGAGUCUAUCUACACCCACACUUUAGCAGCGGAAGGCAGAGAGAUCCUCUUCCACAUCUGGGAUUUCCCUUGCUCGCAGGAGCGGACAGAUGAGAGCUCUUCUGAGGACAAGCGCAUCCAGUGGGCCGACGGCUUUGUCUUGGUCUACAGCAUCUGUGACCGAGCCAGCUUUAACAGUGUGCAACCCAAAAUCCAGUUCAUCAAGGCGGCCAAGGAAGGACCAGCCCAGGAGAAAGUGCCCAUUGUCAUCGUGGGCAACAAGAGAGACUUGCACCACCGGCGCACAGUCUCCAGCGAGGAGGGCAGGCUCCUGGCUCUCUCCUUGGACUGUGAGUUCUACGAGGUGUCAGCAGCAGAAGCCUACCACGGGGCCCUCGUGGUCUUCAACAGCCUGGCGGAACGCAUCUGCGAGGCCAAACUGGCCGUGAAGAAAGGCACUGGGAUCCGCAGCAUCGUGAAGAGCGUGUCUGCUGUGUUUGCCCGGAAGAGAACAGACUCCAUGUGAGACAUGGUGAAAGCUGGUCCGCCAGGGCAAACAGGGCACUGCCCCACCAACCUCAGUCUGCCGUCAGCCAGCUCCCGCCUGCCUGCCUUCUAAUGUAUGGCCCAUCAGGGGGUGGCUAGGCCUGUUGGCCUCCUUGCCUUCUGCCCUACCAGUCCCAAUGGGUACCCACCACCACUAGUGAGAUGGACUGAGAAUAUGAGAAACACCAUGCCUGGAGUAGGGUAUUUCAUUCUUCUAACCCUGCUCCAGAGGCAGGAGUCUGCAGGGCAAUGCGACUCAAUAGGCAAUAAAGUGGUGUUGAAAUUCAAGAGGUGCCAGGCUGCCCUUAAGGGGGGAUGAACGUUCCCUUCCCCCUGAACUUUUACACAGUAGGAAUUGGAUCAGGGGCAGCUAGCUUCUUGCCCAAUACCCUUGAUUUAAGCUGGGGGUCUCCAUUUCCAUCUCCUAUAUUGAUGCACGAGAACUGCUAUAAAACCUUUGUGUUUGCACAGGGCCAUAUCUCUAGACCAACCUUUCUCAACCUUGGAUUCCUAGAUGUUGUUGGACCACAACUCCUGUCAUUCCUAGCCAGCAUGGCCAGUGUUCAGGGAUGAUGGGGGCGGUAGUUCAACCUUGAGAACCCAAGGUUGAAAAAAGGCUGUCCUGGACCGAUGGCUGAAAGAGACGACGGUUGCAUCCACACCAUAUUUUUAAUUCACAUUUAAAGCGUGCCCUCGCCCUGCAAAGAAUAUUGGGAACUGUAGUUUGUUAGGGGUAUUGGGAAUUGUAGCUUUUUGAGAGGUGUAAACGACAGCUCCCGUGAUUAUUUGGCUGGGGCCAUAAACAUGCUUUUAAAUGUGUGGAUGCGACCGUCCUACAUCUUCAUUUUACACCCCAUGGCACAGAUGGGAAUUUCACUUGUUGGAUGGGAUUGCAAAUCUCAUUGUCAGCUCUGGAGUUCCUAACACUAUACUUACACUGAGUCACCCAUCUGGCCCAGUACAUCCUAAUUUGGCUUGCUGGCAACAACUCUUACAGAGGAUUCCCCAGGUGUGCUACCCAACAGCCUUAAACUGGAGAUGCCAGGGAUUCAGGUGACAAGCAGGGUCACCUCUGGUGCUCCUUCCUCUGCACAGGUGGCCCCCAACAGGCUUAUCAGCGCUGCUGCAGGCCCUGGGGCAGGGGGUUGGGUGUGCCCCAACAUUUUAAUUUCCAGUCGUGCCCCUGAGCAGCGUUAUGGGGCAUUGUGGGAAAUUAAAACCCAGCUGCAGUCUCCCAACACUGGUGGGGCAGCUUGGUGAUGCUGGACCUGAACAGUAGAAUCUGGGACUUUAUUCAUGCAAAACAUUCCCAUCUCUUAAGCCCAGUGGAUGCUGAAUGGGGCAAGCUUAUAUGGUAUGGCCUUAGCCUCUCCCUGUACAUGUUGGUGUUGAAUCCUCGCUACUCCCGCCUUGAUAACAGCAGCUUGGAAGAAGCAUAUCGUCAGCUGCGUGUUCUGAGCAAAGACACAAGAAUCUUUGCCAAGUCUUCCUCCAGCCUCCGGUUCUGUCUUGCUUGCUUUCAACUUGACUGCUUUACUGCCGAGCUGCAGAGCGAUGUGAGUAGGUGCCUGGAACUCCAUGUCCUAAUCAGCCACCCCUCCCUCCCGAUCGGUUGGCUGGCAGCAGGCAGCUGCUGUUCUUAAGUGAUGUACAGCACACGCCUGUGCAAAGGGAGACAUGGCUUCCUUCCAGGGCUUUGUGUGGGUGUGGUAGAUCUUAAAUAGCCUGAUCCCAGAGAGGAGCUGGAGCUUGUCUUCUGCUGGAAAAUUGUCCCCGGGGCCCCUAAGAAGCGGUUGAAAGUGCAAAGAAUUGGGAGCAGGCGACUCCUCUGGCAGAGAAAGGAGGUUGCAAGGAGAUGGUCUGCCCUUUCACCCCAGAUGCACAGGUUGGGUUGGGCAGUGGCUGUUUGGUGGAGAGGGAGAAGCCCUCGAUAUGUGCUGUUGAAAGCAAUCCUUUGCAUGCAAAGGAAACCAAUUCCCAGUUAGCAGCCUAGUGGAGAGAAGUUACAAGGUCUACCCUGGAGUUGGUUUCUUUGGAAUGAGAUCGCUGCAUACACGGUGUUGGACUUCUGUUCCCAUCAGCUCCAUGGCCAGUCAUCAAGAAUUGGAGCUUUUGUCCAGCAAUACCUGGGUGGGGGCAGGAUUCUCCGCUUCUAGUGUUACAGCCUACAACUGAAAAUGAGUCUUGGAUCUGAACCCUUCACGCUGUCGUUUCCACAAAGCAAAGCCACUUCCUGAAUAUAUGUGUGUAAUUUCAUGUGCUCUUCUUUCUACGGUGAGCUGAGAAGGCUGAGUGUGUAAAUAAGACGGCUGUGGCUGUUUCUAAACUCAUUUCUGUGCUGGUACUUUACUUUUGUGCACAAGGGAGUAAAAUAAACACAGAUGCACCUCUUGUUCA